AUGACUGGAAAGGAGAAGAAGCAACUCCACCUCGGCGCUUUCAUGCGUCCGGUGUCCCUCCACACCGGCGCAUGGCGGUACCCAGGAUCAUAUCCGGACGCCAACUUCAACUUCGCACACAUAGUCUCAUUCGCGCAAAAGCUCGAAGCCGCCAAGUUCGACGCCUUCUUCAUGGCGGACCACCUGGCGGUCCUGAACAUGCCCGUGGAGGCCCUCAGGCGCAGCCACACCGUGACGUCCUUCGAGCCCUUCACCCUGCUCUCGGCCCUGGCGGCGCUGACGAGCCGGAUCGGCCUGGUGGCCACGGCGUCCACGACCUACGACCAGCCGUACCACAUCGCGCGGCGCUUCGCGAGCCUGGACCACAUCUCGGGGGGCCGGGCGGGCUGGAACAUCGUGACGACGGCCAACCCGGACGCGGCAGGGAACUUCGGCCUCGACGAGCACACGGAGCACGGCGAGCGCUACGCUCGGGCCCGCGAGUUCUACGACGUCGUCACGGGCCUCUGGGACAGCUUCGCCGACGACGCCUUCGUGCGCGACGUCGGCAGCGGCAUCUACGUCGACGUGCCCGCCCGCAUGCACGUCCUGGACCACAAGGGGCCCGGGCUCAAGGUCAGGGGCCCGCUGAACAUCGCGAGGCCGCCCCAGGGCUGGCCCGUCAUCGUGCAGGCGGGCCAGUCGGAGCCCGGCAGGCAGCUCGCGGCUGAGACGUCUGAGGUCGUGUUCUGCGCGCCGAGGGAUCUGGAGGCCGGCAAGGCGUUUUACACGGAUAUCAGGGCGAGGGCGAAGGCGGCGGGGAGGGACCCGGAUAGCAUCAAGUUGCUGCCGGCCGCGUUUGUGAUCAUUGGGGACACGGUCGAGGAUGCGCAGGAGAAGAGGUUGAAGUUGGACAGCUUAGUUAGUUACGAGAGCUCCAUUGCGUCCUUGUCGACUCAUCUAGGCACGGAUGCUUCCAAGUUCGAGCCGGAUGCUCCUCUUCCCGCGGACAUACCCGAGACGAAUGCGAGCAAGUCAGGCCGCGAAGCCGUGAUCAAGUUGGCUGCAGACGAAGGGUUGACUGUACGGCAGCUGGCACAGAGAUAUGGCGGUUACUCCGGUCUUGCUUUUGUAGGUACUGCUGAGAGUGUUGCGGAUGAGAUGGAGAGAUGGCUUGUAGAAGAGGGCUCGGAUGGUUUCAACGUAGUAUUUCCUUUCUUGCCCCAAGGACUAGAUGACGUGGUGGAGCGACUGAUACCCGAGCUACAGAGGAGAGGUAUAUUUAGGAGCGACUACGAAGGAGAGACACUCCGCGACCAUCUUGGACUGAAACGUCCAGAGAACAAGUUCUUCACCAGCGCCUAG